UCGUAUAUAAGGAGAAAAUUUUAUGAUUCAUACUUUAUUUUUCAUUUUAAUUCUGAAUGUGAAAAAUAAAUUUAAUUUCAAUUUGUUUACCUAGAUUACAAAAACGAAUAAACAUAAUAAACAUAAAAAUGCUUCUUUUAAUUUAGAAUAAUCGCUUUUCCUUUGAACCCAAACUGAAGAAACAUUAUACUAGUCAUUAAUUUAUUUAUGAUGUUGUUUGCAAAACAGUUUUACUGGAAAAACUGUUAAACAAAAAUUAUCAGUGAAAAGAAAAAGAAAAGAAAUUUAAAAACAAUCGAUAAAAAAUUAAAGUACCGAUAAUAUGACAAUUAUCAUCACAACAUUACUACUAGUUUGCGCUAUUGUUCUUCUCUUUCGAUUUUACGCGAAAUACAAAUUAAAUUACUGGAAACGACGUGGAGUCGAAUCACUGCCAACAGAUUCAAUUUUCGGUAAUUUCAAGGAUGCUGUACUUUUUAGAACAGCACCAGGAUGGCAUCUUGGUAUAUUGCACAAAGCAGCCGCCACAAAUCUUCGCUUGUUGGGAUUCUACAUUUUUCACAAACCAUGCAUUCUUAUAAAAGAUCCAAAAUUAAUCCGUCAAAUUAUGGUCGCCGAUUUUGAGAAUUUCUCCGAUCGUCAUUUUGGUGGAUCCAAACAGACCGACAGCAUUGGAAUGGUUAAUUUAUUUGGACUGAAGAAUCCGGCAUGGAAAUACGUGAGAACAAAAAUCACUCCAACUUUAACGAAAGGAAAACUAAAAUUAAUGUUGCCAUUGAUGAAGGAAGUUGGAGAAAAUAUGGUCGAUUAUAUUGAUAGUGAAACGGCAGAUGUUAAGGGUAUCAAAAAAAUCGACGCUCAAGAGUUGAAUUACAAAUAUACAACCGAUUUGAUUUCAAUUAUUGGACUCGGAACAAAAUUGGAUUCAUUCAAGAAUCCUAAUAAUGAUCUCACCAAAGUUGUGCACCAAUUUUUCCACAGUUUGAAAAGAAUGAUAGCAUUGGUCACCGUUUUCUUCAUGCCGGAAUUGAUUGAAUUAUUUGGUUCAAUUAUGCUCUUCGACUCGAGUUUCAUAAAAAAGGUUUUCUUUAAAGCACUACAAGAUAGAGAAAAGUCAGGAAUUGAGAAAGGAGACUUUCUUGAUUCGCUAAUUAAAUUGAAGAAUGAACCACAAAAUCCCGAUUACAAAUUCGAGGGUAACAAUCUCUUCUAUCAAUCCGGAACAUUUUUCUCUGGAUUUGAGUCCAGCUCAACUGCGACGUCAUUUACAAUAAUGGAAUUGGCGAAACAUUCCGAAUUUCAGCAGAAAGCGAGGGAGGAUGUUAAUGCAGCAAUAGAGAAGCAUGGACUGACUUAUGAGGCAUUCAACGACAUGAAGUAUCUCGAACAAUGCAUUGCUGAAGGAAUUCGACUUCAUCCUCCAGUAGCCACAAUUGAUCGAUACACCAGACAAGACUAUCAGAUUCCCGGUACUGAUGUUGUUCUGGAAAAAGGAACUGCAGUCUACAUUUCACUUUAUGGACUGCAUCAAGAUCCUCAAUACUUUAAAGAUCCAUCAGCCUAUAAUCCUGAGCGAUAUAAUGAGGGAGUAAAUAUUUCCGAAGCUUAUAUUCCAUUUGGUGUAGGACCCCGAAUGUGUGUUGGUAUGAAAAUUGGUCAGUUACACGCCAAGGUUGUUAUAGCAAUGAUUUUAAGAAAGUACGAAAUGGGACAAUUGCCCAUCGAUAAGAUAAGUCUGGACAACCGAUCAACAUUUACUGCUGCCGCCAAUGGCAUUAAUCUUCAAUUCAAAGAAGUCCAGUCAUAUAUAAGCGCAUAAUUAUAGUAUUAGGAUAAUAUUUUUGAUUUUACUUUAAUUGCACGGUAAAAAGCAAUAAUUGUAUUUCUUGUUUCUUGUUUCGAAUAUAGUUAACUAUACCCAUAUAGUAAUGUUUUUAAAAGUUAUUUAUUUGCAAAUUAUCAAUGCUAAUGUUUAAAAGUUAACGUUAAAAAUUAUUUCAGUUUUCUAAUUCUAAUGUCUUAGAAUAAAAAAUGUAUAAAAAUUUCCAAGUUUGGAGCAAUGUACAGAUAGAAGUUUUAUUUUAUAUAUAUAAGGAUAAUGAAUGCUUUGAAGAUGUUAUUUAACCAAUUAGAUCUUAAUAAUUCUUAGGAAUAUCAUAAAUGAAUAAUAUCAUAAAUAAAUUCAUUCAACUAUUCUGUGUCAUAUGUAUUUGAUAUUCUGUAUCUUUGUUUCAUUGGGUUUUUGUCUUCUAUAAACUAGGUACAUUUUUUGAUAUAAUAAAUAUUAAACUUCGAAAUAAUUGUUUCUUUAAAAGAAUGCUUAAAGAAUGAUGUUGAUGAUAAUUAUUUUCUUGGAAAAAAAUUGUUUUUCUAUUAAUCACCUUAUUGGAAACUUGGCUAUAUAAACGGUCAUUCUUAAUUAAACCUUAUCAUAGUUUUUUCAACAUUUGACUUGUGAAGUAAUUAUUUGCAAAAUUACAAAAUGAGGAUAGUACAAUAAAGCUAACUAAACUUUCA